UCUGGUCCCAGGGAGAUGGCAGUGCGGUGGGCUGUGCUGGGGCUGUUGGCUGCCUGCGUGGCCAGUGCUACGAAGGAAUCUGUGCUGAACAUGUGCAUGGAUGCCAAGCACCACAAAACCAAGCCAGGCCCGGAGGGGGCGCUGCAUGGCCAGUGUGCCCCGUGGAAAGACAACGCCUGCUGCACGGCCGAGACCAGCAAGGGGGCUCACCAGGACCAGUCCUACCUGUACAACUUCAACUGGAACCACUGCGGGGUGAUGCCAGACAAGUGCAAGCAGCACUUCAUCCAGGACACGUGUCUGUACGAGUGCUCGCCCAACCUGGGGCCCUGGAUCGACCAGGUGGAUAAUAGCUGGCGCCGGGAGAGGAUCCUCAACGUGCCGCUGUGCAAGGAGGACUGUGAUCUGUGGUGGGAGGCCUGCAAGGAUGCAGUCACCUGCAGAGAGAACUGGCACAAGGGCUGGAACUGGACCUCAGGGACCAACCGUUGCCCCCGCGGCUCCAUAUGCCAGCCAUUCAAGUAUGUCUUCCCCCGGCCGGCGGACCUGUGCGAGAAGAUCUGGUCCAACUCUUACAAAUACACCACGGAGCACCGGGGCGGCGGGCGCUGCAUCCAGAUGUGGUUCGACCCUGCCAACGGGAACCCCAACGUGGCCGUGGCCAAGUACUACGCCCAGAACGGGAGAGACGCCUCUCCUGCACCGCGGGCUGUCCUGCUGCUGCUGCCGGCUGCUCUCCUGUCCCUGCUCUGAGCCUCCAGAAGCCUCUGGCAGCCCCACUGGCUUAUACAGGAAAUAUUUCUGCUCGGGGCACAGGGUGUGUUUGCCCUGCGGCCCUGUUUUGGGCUCUGGCCAGCAGAUUCCAGAUUCUGUCUAGCUACUGCUAACCCUGACACAACACGAUAGAACCAGACUAGUCCCCCACCCCUCCCCUGUGACAGUCCCUCUGAUCUUAUUGUCUGGGUUCUCCUGCCACACUCCUCAAUCCCAGCAGGCUCUGGGGGGAGAUCCCUCCAUGUCCCUGGGGAUCUGAGCUCUGUAACAUGCAGUGACUCACUGUCUGGGUGUAUUUAUUCUGUCAGUUCCAGGGCAGGUCCCCUCUAGUUACAGUGCCCUCAGCUACCUCGCUUCCUUAUCUGAUCCCUGCCAUCCUGUGCUCCCUGGAAAUACAGGUGUCCCCUCCCCUGGCUCACAGCCUGCCCUGGUGCCUCUGCUUCAACAGAUUGGACACUCACAGGGGGCUCCAGCCCCCCAAAACUACACCCUGCCCUUUAAGGGUGAGCCAAUUGUGCAGCCACACACACCCUUAUGCUCCUAGCUGCAGGGUUCUGCUGUCUGGAGCAGAUGCACAGGAGGGAGACUCUCCAACUCCCCUGCUGUCAGAGCCCCCCACCCUCUGUGUCCUGCCUGGCUCCGGGCAGGGUCUGGUUUCCCAGCUUGGCUCUCAGCACGGGGUGAAUGGGAAGCGCUGCCUGGCUUGGCAGGAUGCUCUUGCCUGGCCCCAGACUCCUGCUCUGCCCCGUGGUGACUGCCUGGCCUCUAACCCGCUCCAGGACUAGCUGUGGCUACACACCCUGCUCCCAGCGCUGGCUGCCGACCGAAUGACCAGGGCCAGCCCCUAGCACCAGAGCAAUGCCUGGGCUCACGGUCCUGCCCUCCCUACCCUUGUAACCCUGAGCUGCAGGUGGGAACUGUCUGGAACUGAGACCUCCCAGUUUGUGU